AGGAAAUCCAAGUAAUAAUAAUUAUUUUACAUAUCAGCAUCAAUUGCUUCUAAUAUUGGAAAAGUUAUCAACAGGUCAAUUUGUAGGCCAAGAGGGGAUAAUCCGUUCUACUUAUAAAAGCUAUACUUCAAUAAUAAUUAUAAGGUUUAAAAUUGUUGUGUUGAUAAGUAAUAAUAAUUAUUCAUCAUGAAGGGAUUUAUUGUUUUUGUGGCUGUAGCAAUCAGUUUGGUAUAUGCAGAUGAGGGUUCAGAAAAGAGAGCAGUUAUCAGGAGGGUAACCAGAGAAGCCAUAAGCGGCAUGGGCGGUGUUUUUCUGAAGCAAACAGAAAAGAAUGUAAUUUAUAAUUGCAAAGCUAACGGACUUUCCUAUGAUGGUGCUGAGAGUCUACAGAACACAUUCGAUAAAAUGACACAAUGUAUGUCAAGCCCAAGAAUAUUUUCAGUACCAAAAGCAGAAUAUAUUGACAAUAUUGUAUCCUGCAGCAAACAGGCUAUUACUGAAACUAAAGAUUGCUUACCAGAAGAACAGAAGUACUUCCCAGAAUUCGUUUUAGACUUAGCCAAAUCUCUAGUCAGUUUCAUGUACGAUGACAAACCUGUUUUAGCAUCUCCAGAAAUUCCUCGUUGCAUGAAGAACUUCAUAAGGAGUGAGGUUCAACAAGACUACAUUGGAUGUAUGACUACUGUUGCUGCUCAAACUCACGAUACUCAAGAAAUUCCCAAGUCGAAGGCUGAAUUUUGCAGUAAAUUCUUGCCAGCUGGAAACUGUUUCCCAAAAACCUUAAAUAAGUACUGCUCCAAUGACUCAAAGGUACAAAAAUUCACCAGCGACUAUACAAGAGCUUUGGAACAACCAUGUGAAACAAAAGAACAAUAAAUGUGAUAAGAAGAAGUUUGUAAAACAGAUGAUA